UUGCUUCGGCUACAUACUAACUAGAAAAUUCACACACACACGCAUACAAACGCAAACUAGUUAAAAUGUCAAACUGUGUGUGUACAUAACCUAAGCAAUCGAAGGGCAGUCGCCGUCGACGUCGCUGCUGCAGCGGAGGAGCAGUGCCAACAUUGUUGUCUCAUCAAAUUGCAGGGACACCGCCUACCAAUUGAUGAGGAGGAACAGCAACAACCAUAACAGCAAUAAUAACAAUAGGCAAGAAGAAGUGCAGCAACGGCUCAAUGUGCUGAAGUGCCUUGAGUGAAAAAAUACUAUUCAACAAUGUGACCCGACGACAUAGAUGAGAAGGCGACAAAAGCAGUAACAGUAGCAGAAGCAACUGCACCAACAACGAACGCAUCGAAUUUCUGUGGAGCGGAGGCCGCAAAACAAUUGUGGAAUUGCUGAAGAAGAAGACAACAACAACAACAACAACACGAACAUAAACAAACAACACACGCUGAGAGCGAGCAGACUGAGCAACGAGUGCGUGAGAAAGAAGGAAGGAAGCAAAGCUGAGAGUACAAAUUACAGCGAGUACAACUAGAACGAGUGAAAAACUGCCAGCAAGCGAAAACAACUAACCAACGAGUAACUAGAACGCAUAGCGAGUAGCGAGUAUCUAUGGAACGCAACACUUGAAUAAGAGCGAGAGCGUGCCAAAGGAGUUGGCGAGUGCAAGAAGCGAGAAGCGAAGAGGAAAAGCACAAAGCAAGCGAGUAGCAACAUUUGAAGCGAGUAUCGAGUAAAAGUCGAUUCUAACGAGUGUAACGCAAAACGACGAGAGCUUUAACUCGAACUCGAGUGCUGUAGGAGAACGAACGGCGAGUUCAAGUGCUCAGCUGGCGUUUUGGCCAUGCCCAGCACGGCGGGCAGUGCAGCCAGCGUUGGCGUCGGAGCCCUGAUUAACAGCGCCGGCAGCAGCGCCAGCAUGGGCAUCGGCAGCGUUGGCGGCGGCAGCGCGGCCUCCGCAGCAUCGGCCGCGGGCGUUGCGAGCAGCAGCGCUGUGGCAGCCGCCUCGGCGGGCACACUGAUCGCUCAGAGUACGGCGGGAACGAGCGCGGCGAGCGGCACAAUAACGUGGGACAACAAUGGAACGCUGCGAUCGAUCAAUCCAGGCGAUUGGUCAAUUGAACAAUGCCUCAUCUGGCAGUCGCCGCAUCAUCUUUACUUUCAACUCGGCUGGGCGUUCCUCUUCUUGGCCUUCCUCGCCCCCCACGGUCCAUUCGGUUCGCUGUGGAUGCGGGCCACCAUGUUGAUCGGUUGCAUCAUGAUGGGCAUGUAUGGCUAUCUGAUCGAAUGCACUCCGGAUGUCGUCUUCUGGUCCGGCCUGGGCAUUGGCAUCAAUUUCGUCUAUCUCAUUGUGGUGCUUUGUCGUCUGCGACCCGUGCGUUUCGAUCAGGAAAUUGAGGCGGUGUAUGUGGCGCUGUUUCAACCGCUGCGCGUGACGCGACAUCAGUUCCGGAAGGUGCUCAACUGCAUGAAGGUGAUCAGGGCACUAAAGUACCAGGAGGUCUACGCACAGGAGAAGGUCACCAAGGUGGACAGCCUGUCGCUGGUGCUAAGCGGCAAAUUGGUCGUGUCGCAGCAUCAGCGCGCACUGCACAUUGUGUUUCCCCAUCAGUUCCUAGACUCGCCAGAAUGGUUUGGCGUCUCAACCGACGACUAUUUCCAGGUGUCCAUCAUGGCCAUGGAGGAGUCGCGUGUGUUGAUCUGGCAUCGCGAUAAGCUCAAGUUAUCGAUAAUGGCGGAACCGUUUCUGCAGACCGUCUUCGAUCACAUACUCGGCCGCGAUGUGGUCAAAAAGCUAAUGCAGGUGACACAGGUGAGCGAAUCGAUAGCUAGCAAUGGUUUCCUGCCCUCGGGCGGCUAUGCGGAGGAUGCCGAGGACAAGCCGAUGCUCAUCUUGAAGAAGAGCGUUGAAGUGGGCCACGGCCUGACGGCGCUGAUCAAUCGCCAGCUGCAGGAAGAGCAUGUUCCUUUACUUGGUCGCACGUACAAACACGUACCACCACCACAACCACCACACACGAUCACAAAGCCGCAUCAGUUGCCAUCUCCAGCGGCCGACACCAAUAUCGAUCACUACGUGAAUUCUGCUGCUGCCUCCGCCGCCGCCGCUGCUGCCGCUGCUUACAACAACGGCACUCAAUGAAGCAAUCAAACACACACUGACAAACACUUACACACACACACACACAUACACAGUUGCAGCACAAGAAGAAGUUAAGCUGAAGGCCAGAAGCAGAAAGAAAAAAAAAACAUUUGUUGUAUAUGCAACAUCUGCUUAAACAAUCGUCAAUCAAUCAAUCAAUCAAGAGCUACAACAAUCAACAUACAACAUCUGAUCGCGUCAUCAACUUCAUCAUGAAUAACAACAACUCCCAUCAUCGACUAGAACUCACUCGCACCUCUCUCUCGCUCUCUCGCUCUCUCGCUCUCCCUUUGAAUGCUCAUCUAACUCAACACUAACCUUAAGCAAUAACUGUAACACACACACUCACACUCACACACUCUCUUUUAAUCUAUACUGAUAAUCGACAAGUUGUUGCCAGGUACAAACACUUAUGAUCUUUUACUCGGGCGCGCCAAAAAAUUUCCAUUUACACCCGCGACGGAAAUGUACACAAAAAUUGGCACAAAGCAAACAAAAGUGGAAAAUCAAAGACGGGGAAAAAUAAAUAAAUAAAUAAUGAAAUAAGUACUCACACAGUUUUGCUGUUGUAGAUCAGUUGAGAUCACUUCACUUGAGAUUUGUUGCUUGCAUUGAAAUUCAACUGCAAUUCGAGUCGAAUAAAAAUGAGAUCAGUUUUGUGAGAACUUGUUGCAUUGGGGCUUUAAGUUUUCAACUCUAGAAUAAAUAUGUGGGCAAUUGAAGAUCACUUAAAGAGAUCAGUUGAGCUUUAGCAGCAUAAAAUCUACAGUUAUAAACGAUAAAAUUCAUAAAGUGCAGCAUGAGAAGGUGAACUUCAGCUUAGUUAAAUAACCAAAUGUUAAUCAACAAUUUUGUAGAUUUGAAAGCGAUCAAGCUAAAUUGAAAUUAAAAUUCGGAAUUAAUCAGCUGAACAGCUGCUGCUCGGAUGCAUUUGAAAGUGACUCAAAGCAUUCGCUGCAGACUCAAUAAGCUAGUGAUCAAGAACAAAACGUCGACUUGCGAUCAGUUGAAGAUCAUUUUUUAGAUUUCAGUUCAAAGAUUUCGCUUCAAGAGUUAACAUUAUUUUAGUGCAUCGAUCGAUACAAAAUGAGUUGAUCUUGCGAUCAGUUGAAGAUCAAUUUAGGAAUUCAGUUGAAAGAUUUUACUUUAAGAGUUAACAUUAUUUUAGUGCAUCAAUCAAAUAUAUAAAAUUAGUUGAUCUUCAGUGUCAAUUCGCUGGAAAUCAACAACCAUUGCUCGUGACUUCUCACUUACUCAUCGAUCGAUCGUCAACCAAUUAUAAAAAAAAAAGUUUAAUGCGCUGUGCGAGAAAAGAUCAAAGUUCAGAGCCAAUGAUAUACGAUAUAUAACAAUAAUUUUGUGCGCGAUAAAAUCCAACACUUUAUUUUUUUUUUUUAUUAUUCAUUUAUUUAAUUGCAAUAACAAAUGAUUUAAAUAAAAUAGCAAUUUGUCAAAUGUGCAUAUAGAAAAUAUGAAAUUAUAUUUCGACUUCCGUUCCACAUUUAAUAAUGGAAAAGUUUUUACUGUGCUGGGCACACGAACAAUAAUUAUAUUAAUUUAUAGACAUACCUACAUAUAGCUCGGCGUACCACAUGGCGUAUACAUAACGUACACAUAUGUAUAUAUUAUUUGUUGUUUGCCUAUCAUUAUCACAAUUUUGUUUGUAUAUUAAUUUCUUUGCAUUUCCAUUCGAUUUUGUUGUUGCCUCUUUUAUUUGAUUUGAUUUGAUGAUUUGAUUUAUGUGUUUCUUUUUUGUGAUUUUGUUAAUGAUUUUGUUUUUUUUUUCGAAUGAUUUGCGUACGAAUUUAAAAAGAAAAAAACGGUAAAUACACACACACACCCACAAAUAUACACCUAUGCAUAUACACACAUUUAAAUAUUGAUAUAAUAAACUAAUUAAUAUAUUAAAUAGUUUUAACUUAAGGCUCAGAAAAAAAGCAAACAACAAAAAAAACCAUAGAAUUGUACAUACUUAUGAAAUUGUAUCAUAUUUAUAAUAUAAACUUAACAUUAUUAUUAGCAGAAAGUGAAUGUAAACAAGCCAAAACAGAAUGAUGAACAUAAAUAAUGAUAAAACACACACAACAACAACAACAAUGCCUACAACAUAACCCAAUUUGACAGCGUUUAAUUAAUUUGUUGUUCGUUUUUUGUCUUCUUUUUUUAAUUGUUUAAGUGUGCCAGACAUGAAACAAAAACAACGUUGCUUUAUUUUCGCACAUAUUCCGCCUUCGUUUCGCCAACGUUUUCGCCUCGGCCACAAAAUGAUCGAUCGAUGCGAGCAUGCAAAGCACGUGCACACACCCAUCCAUCGAUCCAUCCAUCUAUCGAUCCUCACUUCCUCCCAGCCCCCACUCUCUCUCUCUCUCUCUUUCAUUCUCUAUCGUUCUCGCUCUCUUUCACUGGGUUGAGCGAUAAGGAGCGCGUGCGCCUUUUGCGGCUCGAUACCUGUUUGCGCAUCAUUAACAUUCAUUUCGCUCAAAUGGCAAUGAUUUGUUUUUUAUUUUAAUUCACAAUUAAAAUGAUUAACAACCCCAGCAAACGACGACGAGCACAACUCAAAUACUCAGCUUCCUC